AUGGCAACAUUUGCUUCCUUUUUCAGCAAGAGCGGUAUAGAAUGGACAAGAAAAGUGGGGAAUUGUAAGCAAGUCGUUAGUGGUAGAGGCAACAAUAUCUGGAUCAUCGAUGAUGCGGGAGUGAUUUCCUGCGGUUUAAACAGUUAUAAACAAUAUAAUCUCAAAGCAGGAGCGGUACAGAUUUCCGUGGCUGCAGAUGGAGCUGUUGCUGCAGUCGAUAAUGCGAAUGGAAUCCAUUUGUUUGAAAAUGAUGGCUGGAAGAGGUUGAUGUCAAUAACGGCUAAGCAAGUUGCUUUGCAAUCAUCAAGUGUUAUGUUUUACAUUGAUGAGGAAGGCAUUCUCAAACGCUAUAAUAUCACGAACGAUACAGUUGAACGCGAUUAUGGGGUAGUUGAUUUUGUCACAGCAGCAUCAGAUGGGACACUUUGGGGACUUGUAAAUGACCAAGUGUUGCGAUGGAAUGGGUUUUGUUGGGAUCUUAUCAACGGCCAAAAAAUGAAGCAUCUUUCCGUUGGAUCAGCACUUCUAGUUGUUGGAAUUAAUCACGACGACGAGAUAUUUCAAUUCGUGAAAAGUGACUGGCUACAGAUUGCGGGAAAGCUAAGAAACAUUACCGUCACAAUUGAUGGAAUUCUCUACGGUACUAAUGAUGUUGAUGAUAUAUUUUAUAGUCACGAUGCGUUAAAAACAAUUUGUAGAAAUUGUCAAUGA